GUAUGCCUCAGUGUUCAACAUCGUUUGUAACAGCGAGCGAGCAUGGCUUCACAUCUGGCAAACAUCUUUGGUACGGAGCAGGAUCGCGUCAACUGCUCCUUCUACUACAAAAUCGGUGCAUGCCGACACGGCGACCGCUGCUCACGAAAGCACAUCAAGCCAGCGUUCUCGCAGACGAUCCUCUUGCCCAAUGUCUACCAUAACCCGGCCCACGACCCCAUCUGCAAGUUGACCGACAAGGAGCUGCAGGAGGGGUUCGACGCGGUUUACGAGGAUUUGUACUGCGAGUUGGCGAAGUUCGGGCAUCUCCUAGAACUCCACGUCUGCGACAACGUCGGCGAUCACCUUAUUGGCAAUGUGUAUGCUCGGUAUGAGUGGGAGACGGAGGCACAGGCGGCCGUGGACAAUUUGAACGACCGUUGGUACGCAGGUCGUCCACUAUACGCCGAACUGUCGCCCGUCACCGACUUCCGUGAGGCAUGCUGCCGUCAAAAUGAGAAUGGAGAGUGCAACCGUGGGGGCUUCUGCAACUUCAUGCAUCUUCGCUUGGCAUCAAAAGACCUAGUGAAGUCUCUCCAGGCCGGUCAGAGACUGGAACGGAGACUGCAUCCUCAACAAGCCGGUGGUGGCGGAGGAUGGGAACCCACAAAGAGGGAAGGACGCGGACGUAGCGCGUCUCCGUCUAGGAAGGGCCGUAAUGACGGUGAAGACAGAUGGACUCGGAAGUAGGACCGAGUUGAUGCCCUGCGCCGUAUUCCAUUGCUCUGCUCAGUGCUGUGAUCCUGUCUGGUUGCCCGCGUGUGGAAGCGCAAACAUGUACGAUGCUCCCUUCUUGUCCCCUCAUUUAUGCAUUCCUUUUCGGUGCGC